UAUUGGGCUACCAUAACAUCCCUAUGUUUGCUUACUUCCAACAAAGACGCAAAUCAAUUUGAUUCAGAAAAACAAUUAUUAUUGUUCCAGCCCCUUCUAUCCCAUUGUUCCAGUGAUCAAAAUAGAGCGGCUUGGAACAACUCUCUCUGGCCAGGAACUCGUUCAUUGUGGUAGGAGUUUCACGAAGCGUAGAAAUCUAUGAAAAGGCAGUUAAGAAGAUGAUAUCAACCUCUGUUAAAGCCUGCUUCUGGGACUCAAAGACCACGCGCGCCCUCUCUACACGAGGUGAUAAGAUAGACUUACAAUACGCAUUGGUUUGUAUCAGAUAUCGAAGCAAGUAUUCAGUUAGAAUACCCACUCGAGUUCGUUGAAACUUGAUAAUAGACAAAAAUGGCAGCAGGGAAUCCUCCGCCUUCACGGCCGCCGACACCUCCGGUGAUUGACACUCGGACUGUGAUGCCGAGCCCAGUUCAUAACUCGCCGAUUUCCCCCUUUCCAUCAUACAACCCCCCAUACUCGACCGACAAUGGACAGGGCACUCUCGCCGGCUUCUCCGUUGCCGAUCCUGGCUUUGACCCCGCGAACAAGGGUUCCAUUGGCGCGCACUACGUGGGAACCGGAGGGACAGGGAUCCACGACGACCCGCACGGGAUCGAAGAAGACAUCGAGAGCGAGAUCGCCAAAGCCAUCGCCGAUUUCGAGGCAGCGAAGGGGUCCGCGGCGUCGGACGAGGAACGGGACCGCAUCACGACCACGAUACGGAGCCUGCGGGAGAGCGGAUGGCUGGAGGGCGCGAAGACGCAGCUCGAAGGAAAGGACAGCGUUCCCAUUGCCUGGUUCAACCGCGUCGUGGCGGAGAACGAGCGGUACAUCACGCACAUAGCGCAGAAGAUGGAGGCGCAGGCGGGGGAGAGGGCAGACUGGGUCAAGCAGCUGGACGUCGCCACGGCGAACGACGAGGAGCGGAACAGGCAGAUGACGCACCUCGAGGACCAGGUGUCGCAGAUUCAAGUGAACAACGAUAUUCUCCAGGCGGAGCUUGAUCUCUUGCGCACCGAGAAAGCCCAGCUUGAAGACGACAAGAAGGAGCUGCAAACCCACCUCGACGAUUGCACGUCCCACAGGACAAGACUGGAUUCCGAGAUCUCGGUUGCCCAUCAGCAGCGCAGGGACCUACAGGACCGGUUCGAUGAUCUGACCCAGCAGCUCAAAGACUCGCGAGGUAGGGAGACGGCGCUGAAGGACCAGCAACGAACGCAGGACCAAGCCGUCAGCGAUCUCCAAAAGCAGGUCGACGACCUCAACAAGAAGCUAGCCGACCACAACGCCCAACUUCAGGGCACCGUCUCCAGUUCCAGAACUCCAGCAGCUGGUGGUGGUGGUACUAAGCCCAAGCCCAGCCCCAAGUCGAGCCCCGAGCGGAAGCCCAGGAAGCCCAAGGCCUUCGACAUCAAGAAGCUCAUGCAGGAGAUCCGAGACGCCAAGGCCGCGAACCGCGACGUCGCGGACUGGCUCGACGCCGUGUUCGCGCGGUACAUGGGCGACGUCGCCGACGCCAACCACCUGCGGGACUUCUGGGCGGCGGUCGAGGCGAUGCGUAGGGACUGCGGGGGCCUGCAGGCGAAGAUCGUCUCCCUAUACCACAAGCUCGGGUUCCCCGACGACCCGGCGCGCCCGCUCACGGGGGAGCAGGCGCUGGACGAGAUGAUCGCGCACGUGGACAAGCAGCCCGGGGACGACCUGAGACUGCAGGUGUACGCGCUGAAGCUGGCGGGGGACACGCAGACGGAGCGGAUGCGGACGCGGACGGAGCUGGUGCGGGUGAACACGCUGGAGAUGCAGCUGGACCUGGCGAAGACGACGGACACGCUGGAGCGGGAGACGCGCAUGCGCUACGGCGUUCACAACGACGCCGAAGUCGACCGCCGCGUCGACGCGCGCACCCAGAUGUUCCGCGACCAGCGCCGCGCCAUUCUGGAUCGUGUCUUCGGGGCCAGUCACGAGCUGCACCGGAUCGCGCAGCGGACCACGACGACGCCGCAGAGCAGAGCGGACAUCGAGGCGGUCAGGACGAAGUAUUUGAAUGCGAUGUCGCUGCCGAUGCCGAAACCUUGAGGGGGGAGGCGAGGCUUGGGAAGUUCGGGUGGGAUGCAAUGACUUAACUAGGUUGGGACUUGGAGGUUAUGCAAAGUAAACCAACUAAACAUAGGUAUGUAGUUACGUAUAGUAUAGAUAGAUGUAGUCUGGAAUUUUGGGUAGUGCUAUCAUUUCAGUGGUGUUAGGGGAAAGGGGG